UGAAUGUAUUACUUCACUGAUGCUUUCAUUUUUUUGUGUUUUGUUCUCAGCAUGAGAAGUCUUCUGCACAGACAUGGAUAAAUAUGAGAGGUUGAAGAAAAUUGGGGAGGGAUCCUUUGGAAAAGCCAUCCUUGUCAAGUCAAGGGCAGAUGGACGACAAUAUGUUAUUAAGGAGAUUGGCAUUUCCAGGAUGUCCAACAAAGAAAGACAAGAGUCACGUAAAGAAGUGGCAGUUCUGGCCAACAUGAGCCAUCCUAACAUUGUCCAGUACAAGGAAUCCUUUGAAGAGAGUGGUUGUUUGUACAUAGUAAUGGACUACUGUGAGGGAGGAGACCUGUUCAAGAAGAUCAAUAAUCAGAAAGGAUCUCUUUUCCAUGAAGAACAGAUUCUCAACUGGCUUGUGCAGAUCUGCCUAGCUCUUAAACACGUACAUGAUCGCAAAAUCCUACACAGGGACAUCAAAUCACAGAAUAUUUUUCUGACCAAAGAUGGUACCGUACAACUGGGGGACUUUGGAAUAGCAAGGGUUUUGAACAGCACUGUGGAUUUGGCAAGGACCUGUAUCGGCACACCCUACUACUUGUCACCAGAGAUAUGUGAAAAUAAACCGUACAACAACAAGAGUGACAUCUGGGCCCUGGGAUGUGUCCUAUAUGAAAUGUGCACGCUUAAGCAUGCUUUUGAGGCAGGAAACAUGAAGAACCUGGUAUUGAAGAUCAUUUGUGGUUCGUACCCGCCUGUUUCAGUGCAUUACUCACAAGACCUGCGCUUUCUCCUGGCCCAGCUGUUCAAGCGCAACCCCCGGGAGAGACCAUCCGUCUCUGCCAUUUUGGAAAAGCCUUUUCUUGCUCGCAGGAUUCACAAGUUUCUCAGCCCUCAACUUAUUGCUCAGGAAUUCAGCCACUCAUUUCACCUUAAUCAGCCUAAAAUAAGUGUGGCCCUGGGAGCAGCAGCUCAGAAAAUCACCAAGCCUGCUGCCAAAUAUGGAGUGCCUUUAACUGUCCGAAGACCAUCGGAAGCUUCCAGGAAGGUCCCGGGCGCUGCAAAGAAACCAUUCAAACUCAAGCAGGCCCCCCCUCCCGCAGCUGCUCAGAGGAGAGUGAGUCGAGUGGAGGAGGAGAGGAGAAAGCAUGAGGAAGGAGUGAGGAAGAAACGGAUGGAGAUGAUGGAGAGGGAAAGGAAACAAAGAGAACAUAUGCUGUUACUGAAGGCUGCACAGAUGAAGAGAUUUGAGAGGGAAAAGCUGAACCGAAUCAAUCGGGCUCGUGAGCAGGGCUGGAGACAUGUUCUCAGUUCUAGUGGAGGCAGCAGUCCUGAGCGCAAGUUUUAUGGGGCUGGUGGUAUUGGAGCUGCACAUUCCCCUGGAAUAGCCCCCACCCCUCUCCAUGGACCAACCCAUGCCACACCUUGUCUCCCUGGCCCAACCCCUAUUCCUGCAUUUACUCCUGCUCUAGCUCCAAGCAGAGCUCAUUUUGACCAUGUCCUCCCAGAUAAACCAUCCAAACCUACACCUAAAGAUGGUGCAGUAGAAGGAGCCAAGUCUUCAGGAGACAAUAGUGGGAUUCCAACAGUCUCAGGGACGCUGAAUGGUCAUGCCUGUAUCCCUAAAAAGAAUGUUGUCAAGAGAGAACCACGCAAAGCAAGUCUUCAAAAUGAGCUGAUUUCAAAGAACUACUAUGUCAAUAGAUUACAAGGUCAGCUGGUGGCAGAGAGGGCUAAACAUGUGGAGGAGUUUCUACAGCGGAAAAGAGAAGCCAGGCAGAAUAAAGUCCGUGCAGAGGGACAGCUGGGGGCUCGGCAAAAUCUGGCCACCUUCUUUGCAAGCUGGACAAACUCGUCCCGAUGCAGGAGACCCGGAGUCAACAAAGAGGAGGAGGAGUACUUGGCAAGAUUGCGGCAGAUCAGACUACAGAACUUUAAUGAACGUCAGCAGAUCAAAGCUCGCCUAAGAGGAGAAAAGUAUGACAGUGAUGAGUCAGACAGUCAGGAGUCAUGUGAAGAGGCAGUGCUCAGGAGGAAAAAGAUUGAGGCAUUGAAGGCGCAAUCAAAGGCUCGUGCUGCAGUGCUUAAAGAACAGCUUGAAAAGAAGAGAAGAGAAGCAUAUGAGAGAGAGAAGAAAGCAUGGGAGGAUCAUCUUUUUGCAAGAGGAGUAAAGGUUGGUAUUGGAGCCGUUGGUGUAGUGCCACAUCCAGCAGUCCCUCCCACUCAGCAGGCUGAUCCCGCCCCUCAAGAAGCUGCUUCCAAAGCCACACCCUCCUCUAGACCAACCACUCCAGCCAUUUCUAUGACCGCUGCUCUGAAGGAUGUUGGCGCUAUUUCAUCCAGACAGUGUUCUCCUAUGAUAGAGGACCCCUUUAAAGCAGAAACAACAGAUGUACAGAGUGAAAAGAAGGAGAUUCUUUGCAGACUGAAUCAGAAUCUAAAGGUCCAGACCCCUGAGGAAGAUCCUGUGAAAAAUGCUACCUCACCAUGUAGUAAUGCACCAUGCUCCACUCCUCAACCAAUCCAACCUUUCACCACAGUGGAUAGGCCACUCACAGGUGGUGAUAGGAGAAAGUGGGAGGCUGUAGCUCUACCCAUACUCUCUGUAGCUGAACAGACUCUGGAGGAGACCUGUGAAACUCUGGCAGUUCCUCAGGAGGUGUCUUCAGAGGUGAGUGCUCUCUCUGGUGGGGACAGGAAGAAAUGGCAGACUGAUGCUGUCCCCCUGCUGUCUGUGGCUCAGCAGACACUGGAAGAAACCAGCCUUAAAACACAAGGCCAAAUAACAGAGCAAACAGCAGGUGAAGUCAUUUUCAUGGAUGUUUGGCAGGGGGAGGGGUUCAGGAAGGCUUGGGGGCAGAGCCCAGACUCAGAGGUUCUAAAGGUGUUGGAAGAGGCAGAGAUUAAAUCCUUUACUUCUCAGCUGGAUCACGCCAGCACUUGUGACCACACACUGACUGAAAGCCUUAAUCCCAUUGAAGAGUCUUCAGAUGCCACUAAUGAAGCCAAACAAGUGCCUAUCCCUCAGCCCUGCCAGCCUGAUAUUUGCCAUGCCAAACAAGAAGUGACUUGUCAGGAGAUUGUGCCAAUUGCAACUGAGGUGAAAAGUCAGGAGUUAAUCCCAACAACGCCAGAGUUACAAAAGCCUCUUUCUGGAGAUAGUGAGGCUGAGGUGUUUGAUGAUCUGGAGUCUGUGGUUCUGGAGGAAGCCUCUCAGCAAACCACAAAGCCCUCAACAGAAGUAAUGCUGGCAUGGACAAAUGAAUCCCCUCUGACUGUGCCAGUAGAGGGCAGAGUAAUACAAGAAGACUUCACAGAGAUACCUCAAAGAGAAGAGAAACUGCCUGAACCUGCAGCUGAUGAAUCUCUGUUUGUGAAGCUAAGCAGUAGUUCGGCUCACAGACACACAGUAGCGUUGACCCUCCUGUCUGCCCAGUCCUCUGUGGAGGACUCCUCCUCCAUCACCUCUCGCUCUCGCUCAGUCUCUCCACUUCGAUCCCACCGCCAUGACAAUGCACUCCUUAUCGGCCUCUCCACUGGUCUCUUCGACGCAAACAACCCGAAGAUGCUGAGGACAUGCUCCUUACCAGACCUCAGUAAAGUGUUCGAUGAUGCUUCAGAACCUGAAGGUGCCAUGGCUCCUGAAAGCAACUUGAAGAUUGAGGAUCUGGAGGACAAGGCGGAUGAGCAGUCAGAGACUGAGAAUGUGUAUGAGGAUGAUGAUUUGCGAGAGCUCAGAGCAUCUAUGAAGAGGCUUCUCCAGGAUCAGCGCAGUGAAGAUGAUGAUGAUGUUGAUGAUAAUGAUGAAGAAGAGAAUGAUGGUGGUGGAUCCAAUAGCAGUCCUGCUGAUGAAGAGGCAGCUGGUCUACCAGCUGGUCUGGUAGAUGCUGUUGAUAACAAACACAGUCCAGAGAAGGAGUGUUGUAAUGGAAUGGCUGAGGAAGAUGAUGAUAGUAGUCAUGAUGAGGAAGAGCCAGGAGGACAUGUUACUAAUGGAAUGGAAGAUGAGGAAGAUGAAGAGCAGAACAGCAGUGAAGGUCUGCUCAAUGAGGAGUGGCAAUCAGAUUAUAGUGAGGAAGAGGGUAAUGAAGAUCUAGACCAACAGGACAGUAUCUUCUGUCGUCUGGAGGAGCUUCGCUUUCAUCUAGAGCAGGCUAUGGGCUUUGAGAACUUCAUCCAAGCCUACAACAAGAUCAAGGCCAUCCAUGAGGAUGAAGAUGAGAACAUUGAAAUGGGCUCUAGCAUGGUACAAAGCAUUUUGGGAACUGAGCACCAGCACCUGUAUUCUAAAAUCCUCCAUUUGGUGAUGGCAGAUGGAGCUUACCAAGAAGAUAAUGAUGAAUAGCAGUUAUUCAUCCAUGCCACUGGCAGCAUUGGACAAUCUGGUUGCAGGCUGAAGUGUUCCCAUGAUACACUCUGACAGGCCAAGUUGCACAUGGGUGAAGGGGGAAGUAAGAGAGAGGGUAUAAAAUGGGGUAAAUGGUUAGAAUAUACUCAGUUCAGAAUCCACGGUUGACUGUAGUUGUACUUCCAUAUUGGUAGUAACUGAAGCACUUUUCUGUACAUUUUGUGUUUUUAACGUUUUGUGGUAUAUAAUAUUUAACCAAUGCAUAGCAGAAAGAAAUAUGAAUUCUCAGAGAUAUACAUGUGUCAUCCAAGCUGUUGACAGACAGUAUGUGAAACCACUGCUCCUUGUUGUAUUCACUAACAGCUGAAGCCAUGGAAACUGCUUUAUACGGAUCAAUACUGGCCAGGGAGGUCUAGUUCAGGGGUCAAAGAUCAAUUAUCUGCCCAGUAUCAGGUGCUUGCACACAACAGGCAGCAGGUUUUAAUCAGCUGUCUACCUCAGACAACAGACCAAACUAAACUUAGUCUAAAAAUUCCAGUCUUCUCAAACAAUUUUUUGUACUUUUACACGCACAUCAGUCGUUUAUAUAACAUGUUCAAAUAUUAUUUUGCCUCUUUCAAAAUUUCUUACAAAUGAAGUUAAAAUGAAUUCAAUAAAUACAGGGCUUGUGGAAACUGUUACUUAAAAAUAUUGUGUAGAGUUACUAUCUAUGCAUAUAAAGCGAGAUAACAUGAGUGUGCACAAGCAUACGUAUGUGUUUGUUUUUGGAUAUAUGAAAUGUUGUAUACAUUUUAGUUUGCUGGCGGAAUGUGGUACUUGAUAGUGUACAGAAAGAUGUAUAGCAUUCUAAAGCAAUUGUUAAAUAAUUUGCAAGCAUUAUUUGUUUGCAUGUAAGAAUGUAUAUCUUUGUACUGAGA